UGGCUAAUGGCUCUAGCUUUUCACCACAUACUAUCUGUAGUACAGUGUACUUUGAGUCUUACUUCUUUAUCUACUAUCUAGUGUCCACUCUCUAUAGUACUUUAGAGUUUAGAGUUUAGUUCUCUAAAAGUCUACUUCACAUGGUGUAUUGUAUUGUGAGUCUGUAAGUGUUAGAUCUUAGACGUUAGUACGUCUUGACUUCUAGCACAGGAUUUACUUACUUAUUAGACGUAAGUAAUAUUACAACAACCAAAUAUUAUCAAAAUUAUAAUAAUGGAACCAUCUAGUGAUAUAAGUAUUGAAAGUGUUGAAGAAAAUGUUCAAAAAUCUUCAUUAAAUCGUGUUAGAAAACGAAAAAAGCAACUUUACACUGAUUUAAAAAAACAAAUGGAAUUUUACCUAAGUGAUGCUAAUUUAAGAAAAGAUAGAUAUUUUGGAAAUCUUAUGCAAACCAGUCAAUGUAUUAGUAUCAAUACAUUUUUGAACUGUAAUAAAAUAAAGAGUUUAACCCAAAAUCCAGAAGAUAUAAUUAAAGCUUUAGAGAGCUCUAAUGUUUUAUCUGUUAGCGACUGUAAAACCAAAAUUUAUAGAAUUAAACCUAUUGAAGACAAAAAACCUGAGGAUAUUGAACGCUGUACAGUAUAUGUGGAACAAUUGCCUCCUAAAGCAGAUCACGAUUGGAUUAAAUCAAUGUUUGAAAAAUAUGGAAGUGUAGCUUAUAUUUCAUUGCCUAAAUUUAAAAGUGGAAUAAUUAAAAGAUUUGCAUUUAUUGAAUUUGACAACGAAGAAUCUGCUAUUAAAGUUCUAGAGGAAUAUAAAAAAUCACAUGAAGUAUCCAAAAUUCUUCCUGAAGAACUGCAAAGUAUAAUUACUUUCAAUGAAGAUGAAGAUAAGGACACAGAUAAAAGUACUAAUAAUGUUAAUCUGUCGAAAAAAAGAAAACAUUCUAUAAGUAUUGAAGGUGUUGAAAAGAAAAUGAAAAAAGAAACACCACAAAUAAGUUGUUCAGGAAUUAAAAAUAGUAAAAAGAAGAAAAAGAAAGACAAAAAUAAAAAAUGUGAUUUUGAUGAUGAACAAAAAAAUUCAUCUUUUGAAAUUAGUGACAGUGAAAAUAACCAAAGAGCUUUAAUUGAAAAUAUUGAUACCAUUAUUUCAAAAUCAUCAGAAAAAAUCAUAAGUGAUGAUGAUAAAAGAGAAAAAAGUAUUGAGCCAAACAAUACUGAUUCAGUUAUAAAAAAAAAAAGGAAACGUAAUAAGGGAAAAAAAUUGAAAUUAGAUACUACUUCAACUUCACCUGCAUUAAGAAUAAUGUCAAAAACUGAGUGGAGAAAACUUAGAAAUCAAUUUUUAAAUAUGCAGCGACAAAAAAUGUCUUUAUUAAAAGCUCAAUUACGUCAUCCUAAAUAUAAUGAAAGUUAUAAUACACAUUAUCGCGAAAAUUCUGAAAAAAAUAAUGAGACAAUUACAAAUUUUGAAGAUGUAGCUGUAGAAUUACCAAAAAAUAAUGAUAUACGUGUUAAAUAUGAACCUGGUGUAAUAUUGAAAAUUGCAUUUACAAAUCCAAUUGAAUCUGAUAAAAUAUUCAAAGCUGAAGCAAAAACUGAUUCUAGAGUCAAGUUUGUUGAUGUUAUACAUAAUUCUGAAGCUUAUAUACGAUGCGACUGUCAAGAAACAGCUAUAAAAAUAGCAGAGGAAAAUCGAUGGCCACAAACCAGAUUAUUAAAAGAUGAAGAAGAAAAACUUUAUUGGGAUAAGAUUUUACGAGAUAGAGAAAUUAAAUGUGCCAAACAAAAAGAAACAAAAAAACCACGAGGUCGCGAAAAACUAAUUAAAAAAGCAGAAAAAAGAUUAGCUCAACACGUUACUUUUAAUCAAGAAGAUAACGAUUAAAUGUAGAUAUUAAUUAUUAUUUAUCACAUUUAAUAAACUCCUUUUUUAAUAUUGAACUAAACAA